CACCGAAGAGCUGAGCGCCCUGUGGAAACAGAAAAGAGAGCGGAGAAAAGUUUAGGAAAUAACCAGGAAACCUCCUCUCCUCCUUCCGACUGCCAAGGAGAACGGGUACUCGAAAUUCAAUAUACUCCGUGUGCCUGUUCUCCUCUCUGACUUCUAAAACCCAUUCACUCUCUCAAUCUUUUUUUUUUUUUUGGGUAGGUUUCGUCUACAUAUUCGAUUCUUCUUUCUCCGUUUUUCUUUUUUUCAAAUCGUUCUUUGCGUUUCGGCAAUUUAUGAAUUAGGUUUACCUGGAAAAUCGUUUGUAUCAUAGGGUUUUGAAUAUUCGGUCCAUUGUGAUUGUUUCUGGGUCUGGUGGGUACUGAUGAUUUUUGCGCUAGAUUGAUAAAGAUUGUUGCUUUAACUCAAGGGCCGUGACUGUUUAUGAUCUUGUUUGCUGAUUUUCGAUCACCGUAUUCUGUUGUACUUCUCAGUUCUUUGGAAUCGAUGGGUUUUGUGAUAGAUCUAUGGAAUUGUCAUUGUAAUUGAAGGGGCUUUUUGGCAUUUUGGUGUUGUAGGUCAGCUUCCUUGUGUUUCUUUGGAUGUUGAAUCUUAUUGUUGAGGAAAAUCGGCUUGUGAACGUGCCCAACUUGUUUCUGGGACUUCUCAGGCCUUUUUGGCUUCCCUUUGAACAAAAAGUGUUCUCGUUUUUUGUUACAAGAGAUAGAUGGGAUAAGGAGUUGUUCAAGCUGCAGAGUGGAUAGCAAAUACUUAUCGAAUUAACGAAGGCUUUCUCGUUAGAAUUGUGUGAUUUGUUCGGAGUGAUUAGAAAUGGGUUCUGCACAAAGGUCUACCUUGUCCGGGAACGUGGCAGGAUUAGUUGAUGGUUCAUCCUCCCGUGAAGAGAUUUCCUACAUUGAUACUAUGCCUGUUUAUGUUAAGGAAUUGAUUGCUGGAGGUGCUGCUGGCGCAUUUGCUAAGACUGCUGUUGCACCUCUUGAACGGAUCAAAAUAUUACUGCAGACAAGGACAGACGGGUUCCGUUCUCUUGGUGUGUGCCAAUCUUUGAAGAAGUUGUUGAAGCAUGAAGGUGCCCUAGGGUUCUAUAAGGGAAAUGGAGCAAGUGUCAUUCGAAUUGUUCCUUAUGCAGCCUUGCAUUACAUGACAUACGAGCAGUAUCGAACUUGGAUCUUGAAUAAUUAUCCUAACCUUGGUUCAGGUCCUCAUAUUGAUCUUUUAGCUGGUUCAGCAGCUGGAGGAACAGCAGUUUUAUGCACGUACCCCUUGGACCUUGCUCGUACUAAACUUGCUUAUCAGGUUGUAGACACCCGAGGAAGCUUUAAGUAUGCUACAAAAAGCGUUCAUGCUGAAACUGCUUAUAGGGGCAUAAAAGAUGUGCUUUCCAGUGUAUACAAAGGAGGAGGAAUUCGUGGGCUUUAUCGAGGUGUAGGCCCAACACUUACUGGAAUACUCCCUUAUGCUGGUUUAAAAUUCUAUAUAUACGAGGAACUUAAGAGGCAUGUUCCCGAAGAGUAUGAAAAGUCAAUUGCAAUGCGUCUUUCAUGUGGAGCUCUAGCUGGAUUAUUUGGGCAGACCUUCACAUACCCAUUAGAUGUUGUUAGAAGGCAAAUGCAGGUUGGAAAUCUGCUACCCUCAGGUCAAGGUGAUGCUGGAUACAAGAACACAUUAGACGGACUUACUUCUAUUGUGCGGAACCAAGGAUGGAGGCAAUUGUUUGCGGGCCUAAGCAUAAACUAUAUCAAGAUUGUUCCAUCGGUAGCUAUUGGUUUCACUGCAUAUGACACGGUGAAGAUGUGGCUCCGUGUACCGCCCCGACAGAAGUCUCAAUCAGUAUCUGCUUAGUUUAAGGACACACUUUUUUUUCCUUUUUUUUUUCUUUUUUUUUUUUCUUUUUUUUUUUAAUAGUUUUAGGGUUUGUGGGGUGGGUGGGUCAAUAAUACACUUUGUUUCUCCAUUUACGGUGAUUGAUGGAACACAAAUGAUGCGAAUGUUGGAAAGUUGCGGUCUAAUAGCAGUGAUGGGAUUUGCGCC